AGCACCUACACUGUCUGUGCCAGUCUUGUCGUCCCGCACCAUGGCUGUCUCUAUCAUCACGCGCAUACAAGGCUACUCCGUGCAUUGGGUGAUGCUCGCCCUGGCCCUUGUCUACCUGCCCAUCACUUUGAUCUCGCAUCCAUUUCUACUGAUCACAUCUCCCUCCUCCUUCCGAUCAGCAUGGUUUGAAAGCUAUUUCCGCAUUUUAGGACCACUGUUGGCUACCUCGGACCUACAGGCUGGCCACGUUGAACAAGUCCUUUCCCGCGCCAAGGGCACCGUCCUCGAACUCGGCCCCGGAGGAGGCGACCAGAUCUAUCACUACAAGGCCGACCAGGUCGACAAGAUCUACGCCGCCGAGCCCAAUACGUUUCUGCAUCCAGCGCUUUUGCGGAAUGCUGAGAAACACGGACUCAAAGGCAAAGUCAUUCCCCUAGAAGCAGGCGCCGAACCAGGUAGUCUUCUUCCCGCGUUGAAGAAAGCCAGACUGCUAUCCAGCACGACGUCAGGUCUGCCCGAGGAGGGCGUCUUCGACAGCAUCGUCGCCAUCAAGUGUCUUUGCUCGGCGCCGCAAGACCAGUUAGCCGCCACGGUUGCAGUGGUGCAGGCUCUUCUCAAGCCAGGAGGUGAGUUCCUGUUCUUCGAGCAUGUCGCGAACGACAGCGAUAAAGUCACCAUGUCAUAUGCGUGGAUCAUGAACUGGAUCUGGCCUGUCAUGAUGGGCAAUUGCCACUUGAAUGGGAAGGUGGACAAAGUCGUUUUGGGGACAGGUGGGUGGGAAGUCAGAAAUGUGCAGACCAUCGGCGAGUUUCAGGGUUGGGAGGUUUUGAGAUAUGUCAAGGGGAUCUGCCGCAAGGCUUGAACGGCCAUGCUUACUAUGGCACCACUCACACGAUUUGCCAUAUUCACAACGGCAUUGAUAGCCGGGUCGGGUUUGCAACAGUAAUGUAAAGCCAUGAACAUCAAGUGCAAUGGAA